UCAGGAAAGACAAAGACUGAGGACAUCUCUUGGACGACCUACAAAAAGUCGGUAAAGGUCGAUCUUUUGGUUUUAAAACCCGUCCCUUUUUAUUUGGACGGCCGGCAAUCUAAAUUAAUAAAUAACAGAAAUGCUACGAACGAUAUUCUUACGAAACCAACUCUUAACCGAUAGUGUUAAAAAGGCUAUCCGGUCCAAUGUAACCAGAUGCCUAAGCACCGAAUUGGCGAGAAGGAAACAAGAAAACAAGAUACUGACACACAAAAAAGUGGUAGCAACAAUACAACCAUGGAGUGUACAAGCCAGAUACUACUCGGACUUUCCGUCACAUUCCCGUGUCAAUCUGCCGGCCCUGUCACCCACCAUGGAGAACGGCUCCAUUGUGAGCUGGGAAAAGAAAGAGGGGGACAAGCUAAAUGAAGGUGAUCUUCUCUGUGAAAUUGAAACUGACAAAGCGACAAUGGGAUUCGAAACUCCAGAAGAAGGUUAUUUAGCUAAAAUUUUAAUUCCUGCCGGUACUAAAGGUGUACCUGUGGGUAAGCUGCUGUGUAUCAUAGUUGAAAAUCAAGCUGAUGUGGCAGCUUUCAAAGAUUUUAAGGAUGACUCGGCUGCGGCCCCCGCCCCCGCCGCUGCAGCUCCCGCUGCGGCCGCCGCCCCCGCCGCGCCCCGCCCCGCGGCCCCCGCUGCCGCCCCCGCCCCCGCCGCGCCCCCCGCGGACGCCCACAGCAGGAUCUACGCUAGCCCCAUGGCUAGGAGGCUGGCUGAACUGAAGAACAUAAGGCUUGGAGGCCAGGGCACCGGACUGUACGGGGCCCUGAAGAGCAGUGACCUUGCCGCAGGCGGGGCCCCGGCCGAGGCCCCCGCGCCGCCAGCGCCGGGGGCAACCUACCGUGACGUGCCCCUGAGCGGCAUGCGAGAGACCAUCGCGCGCAGGCUGACGGCUGCCAAACAGAAUAUACCGCACUACCAACUGACUACUACUGUCAAUGUGGAGAAGACGCUGGCUAUGCGAAAGGCUGUCAAUGAGAGACUGGCUGCGGAGAAAUCAGAUGUCAAGAUAUCGGUGAACGACUUUAUCGUGAAGGCGGUGGCGGCGGCGUGCAAGCGCGUGCCCGCCGUCAACGCGCACUGGAUGGACACGUAUAUUAGAGAAUUCUCAAACGUGGACGUGAGUGUGGCGGUGGCUACACCUGGUGGUCUCAUCACUCCCAUCAUCUUCAACGCGGACUCUCGCGGCAUCAUCGACAUAUCCAAGUCCAUGAAGGAGCUAGCGGCUAAGGCGAAGGAGGGCAGACUGCAGCCGCACGAGUACCAAGGCGGCACCAUCACUGUGUCCAACUUGGGCAUGUUCGGUAUUACGAUGUUCAACGCUAUCAUCAACCCCCCGCAGUCGUUCAUCCUGGCGUGCGGUGGUCUGCAGGACCUCGUUAUUCCCGACAAGAACGAGAACCAAGGUUUCCGCGUGGCGAAGUUCGUGUCGUUCACGGCGUCGGCUGACCAUAGAGUUGUCGAUGGCGCGGUCGGCGCCGAAUGGAUGAAGGCGUUCCGGGCUAAUCUCGAAGAUCCCGCCAACAUGAUCCUCUAACUUCACUCCAGUUCAGGCCCCUAAUUGUGUAACUUUAAUGAAUAUGAACUUUAUAACGUUUGAAAUUUCUAAAAUAGAAUAUGAUGUCAAUAUUUUGACGUUUAUAUUUGUAAAAAGUUCAAACGUUAAAAAUGUUACCAUAUACAACGAAGUUUAUCUUCAUCAAAGUUAAUAACGAGACAGAGCACAGCUCACUUCACUCCAGUGCGGCGCUUAGCGCUCACUUCAGACCCAAACACACCGCGGCGUAGCUAACUUGGCUCCUGUAAAUUAUUAGAAUAAGGAUACGCCUUACAUACCUUCGCCCACUGCCGUGUGAACACGUAUUUUUCCAUUUUUAAAUUAGUUAACAGUUUUACUUCAUUUGACGUAUUUUUGUUUAUCGUUGUACGAAAUCCAGCGAUUGUCGAGAUUUAUAAUACUUCAAGAUCCGAUAUAUAGGAAUAUCGAUAUUUGAACUUGAAAUGUAAACUAUAAUUGGUACAAUUGUUAAAACAUAAUUCGGAACAUUCGUCUGGCAUAUCCU